AUGGCUAAGAGAUCCAAGAACCAGCAAAGGCGAUUACGUGCCAAACUAAGAAAAACUAAGGGGGUGCCUGAUCAGGAAAAUGGAUUUUCAGUUAAGAAAAGUGACAGCUCCGAACCUAUUCCUGUUUCCGAUGACAAUGAUGAAGUAACCAUAGCACAACCUGACACUGGUGGACUGGAGGGGCCACUUGCUCAGGAGUUUCAAAACAUAUUUGCAAAGUUUGUUCCAGUUGAAGAGAAAUUGAACUUUGAGCCCACCCCCUUGGAAUCCAGAAAGGAAGAGAUUAUAUAUAGUAGUUCUUCAGAGGACGAAGCUGACUCUGAUAAAGAACGAACCCAAACACAGACACAUCUAUCAAAAAAGGAAAAGAAAAGACUUUACGGGAUAUCUUUAACGGAGUUGAAAAAGUACGCUGCUAGACCUGAUCUGGUCGAAUGGUAUGAUGCCGACGCUGAAGAUCCAACUUUAAACGUCUACUUGAAAUGUUUAUUGCGUGCAGUCAAAGUUCCUGUCCAUUGGCAAUCCAAGAGAGAUUACCUAUCUUCUAAGAGGGGCUUUGAAAAACCUCCUUUUAGAUUGCCAGAUUUCAUUCGUGACACUGGUAUCAUGGAAAUGAGAGAUGUAUCUCAGGAAGAUGAAUCUACUCUCAAACAAAGAACUAGAGACAAAGUUCAGCCUAAGAUGGGCAAGUUAGACAUUGACUUUCAACGGUUACAUGAUGCAUUUACGAAAUUUCAAACUAAACCUCCGAUGCUGGCUUUCGGGGAUGUUUAUUACGAAGGAAGGGGCUCUGAAACUUUUGAACUCGAAAAUUUCGUCCCUGGUAAAGUUUCUUCUCGACUAAGAACUGCUUUAGGAAUAGCUAAUCAUGAGAAGCCUCCAUGGGUCGCUCAAAUGGCUAAACUAGGACCACCGCCGUCUUAUCCUAAUAUGGACGCAGAUGGUGUUUUCAAAGAGCCAUUAAUGAAGAAUUUAGGACCCCCAAUUGAGAGAGAUUCCUGGGGUAGCAUACAUCCGGACAGUGAGGAGGAGGAGGAUAAUGACGAGGAAGAGGAAGAGGAAGAGGAGGAGGAGGAACAAUUUAUUCCAAGAUACGACAAAGAAUCCACUGACUACAUUCCCAUCAAAUCUGUUAGUAACGAAAUUCCAACAAUGAGACACGACACGACAAACGAAACGGAAGACGAUUCCACAAACGCUCCACUUUAUCAAGUUCUGUCUCAGAAAAAGGAAUCAGGAGGAUUCAUGGGUGAAAAGAUAAACUACGAACUUCCAUCAUCAAAACGGUAG